GUAAGAGGGAAAUGGAAUUUGUGGCAGAAGAGGUGUGCUUUGUUUUCUUCGAUAUCCGAGAGGCCAUGGCAGAGACUGCAACUACUCCUAGUGCCGCACUGGCGCGGCCUCCGCCGCUUCUGCUCGUCUCGCUGUUCUUUUAUUCUUCCCGAAAUUUGUAACGAAAAACUACACAAAUCCCACAAAAUCUCCAUUCUUCACCACCAUCGCUUACCGCUCCUUCGGUCGUCGUCGUCGUCGUCGUCGUCGUCCACUCCACGCUCGGCAGCGCUGUAGCACAACUUCACGAGCAGUGCAUUGCCGACUGGCACGAGUUCAGGGAAUAAUAAAUACCAUGAAGAGAUUAGCUUGUUGUCGCCGUCGCACCAAAGAUAUCAGCCUUGAUUUCGAGGAGCAAGACCGGGUGACAACAUAUAAUGGCCUAGAGAGCUGCAUCCUCAACAGCUGCUCCUAUGACAAUGAGAGUGCUGGUGGUACCACAAGUGGUGCUGAUGGAUUUGUAACCACGGACUCCCUUGAUGAAGAUGCUUCCAGCUGUUCUUCCAGCAAAGAUGGUUUUGGCUCUUCCUUCUCUUCGCAAUGCUUGUCCUCAAGCAAACAGGAAGAUCAUUCGCUUGAUGAUUGGGAUACUUUUAACAGUUUGCAUCAUUUGUGCAUCAAAGGGAAGGCACCUAUUAUGUGUUCAAUGGACAUAUCCGAUGUUGAAGCUAUGAAGGAAAAGUUUGCAAAGCUACUUCUUGGUGAAGAUGUUUCAGGGGGAACCAAAGGGAUAAGUACUGCUCUUGCAUUGUCCCAUGCCAUUACCAAUCUCGCAGCAUCAAUAUACGGAGAGCUAUGGAAAUUGGAGCCAUUAUCUGAAGAAAGGAAAAACAGAUGGCACAGAGAAAUGGACUGGCUGCUUUCCCCCACUAGCUACAUGGUUGAGUUGGUUCCUGCAAAGCAGAGUGGUGCUAAUGGCCGGAUAUUCGAGAUAAUGAUUCCAAAAUCUCGAUCUGAUGUUGAUUUGACUCUUCCCGCCCUCAAGAAAUUAGAUUCAAUGCUGAUUGAAAUGUUGGAUUCAAUGGUGAACACUGAGUUUUGGUAUGCUGAAUUAGGUAGCAGAUCUAACGGAGAUGGCAGUAAUAAUGGGACAAGAAAUAGCAAGAAAUGGUGGAUUCCAUCUCCUUGCACUCCAGAGUCUGGACUUUCCCCUUCUGAGAGGAGAAAACUUGGUUUCCUGGGUAAAUUUGUCUACCAAGUCCUCAAGGCUGCCAAAGACAUUAAUGAACAGGUUUUGACUCAAAUGCCAAUUCCCCCUUCGGUAAAAGACGCUCUUCCAAAGUCAGGAAAAGCUAGUUUGGGUGUCGACAUCUACUAUGGUAUAGCGGCAGAGUCUAUUCCUGUUGAGGAAAUAUUUGUUUCUCUAAAUAUGGAGACUGAGCACUUUGUACUUGACACAAUAAACCGUUUAGAAGGGGCAAUCUUUGUCUGGAAACAUCAAAUGUCAUAUGAAACUGUGAAAAAAUCACCAAUGCGAUUCCCAUGGUCCUUUGUCAAAGAACAUGGAUCUGAAAUUGAGAAGAUUGCAGUCUAUCUGGAGAGGACUGAAGCACUUUUGCGCCUUUUGAAGAUCAGAUUUCCAAACCUCCCUCGAUCCUUUAUUGAUGUCACCAAGGUUCAAUACAACAAGGAUAUUGGGCAUGCAAUUGUGGAAGCCUACUCGAGGGUUCUUGUCAGUUUAUCAUUCAAUAUUUUAUCUAGGAUAGGAGAUAUCCUACAGGAGGACGAUUUGAAGAAGCCUGUGGGAAUCACUGAAACACCUCCUGGUCGUAUCAAACGGUCUCUAAUUCAGCAGAUGAAUAUGGCAGACAGUCGUUGCAAUGACUCCUACUUAAAGAAGGCCUCAGUAGAUCAGCUUGUAAAUUUCAAGGCUAAUGGAAGCACAAUCGUCACAGUUUGUCCACCGAAAUGUGUGGUUUCAGAAGUGCAGUCCCGGUGACCCAUUGACAUUGUAUAAUGUGCAAGCUUCUUAAUGUAAGUUUUAAAAGUUAUGAGGAAAUAUAAUCAGGUAUAUCAAAAACAGCCCAUGAAUCCAAUUUCAAUGAAGUUGACAUUGUAAGAUGGUUUCGAUGUUUCAAUUUCAGUGUACGUUUAUAGUGUUUUAGUACAUAUUUUGUCUACUUUUUCUAUGGAAAAUAACACAGAUUUAUUGCAGGUUA